AUGUCUCACGCUCCAAUGCUCUGCGACAAUGUCGCCUCUGUCUCAAUUGCCAUUACAGUGCUGGAAUCUUCGCCGACGAUCAUCCUCGACUGUGAAGGCCGUGAUCUUGGCGAGAAAGGUGGGGCCCUUUCCAUCAUCAUCCUCUCCACCACGUCCACCACUGCAUCCACGGCCCUUACAUUCCUCAUCGAUGUCCUCCGUCUAUCCCCAACCCAACUCCAAUCAAUCUACGACCUUCUCUCAUCCCCGCACAUCACCAAAGUGGUCUUCGAUGGCCGUAUGGACUACAGCGCUCUCUACCAUGAAUGUGGCGUCGAGGUGCAUAACGUACUAGAUAUGCAGUUAGCAGACAUAGCUUCGAGGGGUUUGAGGGGCGAGCAGGAGGCAAAGAGAUUGGAGAGGCUUUGGAAGUAUCUGGGGAAGUGGGAGGUCGAGAAGAAGAAGGACAUGUACGAGAAGGUGGUGAAGAUUAAUGGAAUGAAGGAUUGUUUGAGCGAACAUGAAAUCUUUGGGAUGACAAAGGACGAGUCUGUGCGCCACGACCUCUGGACGCGUCGACCUCUCCCGAAGAAUUACGCAUCCUAUGCAGCCACCGACGCUCGAAUGAUUCACGCCCUCUACGACCUGUUCACACAAAAAUCAUUCAUUACCUCUGACCUUUCAGCGCAAAGCAUGCGCUACGUCACCAUAUGCAAAGACCAUCAACCUACUGCAUCCGACGCGUACGCUCAUCACCCUCUCCUUCCUCUGGAUAUCCUCGAGGCUCAGAUUGGAGCAUCUGCGGCGAGUGGGAUGCGGACGUGCGAUAACUGUAGGAGGUCUUUGUCUGAACAGUCGUUCGUGAAUGACUUCGAAGGGGGAGGAACGAGUCCCGGUGGCAAUCAGGGGUCGAUAUGCUGGGAAUCGCUCCGGAACCCGAGGAAGGGGACGAGGAAGAGGUGGGAGAAGUCGAAGGGGAGGGGGAAGAGGCGAGGAUAG